UACAACAUAGCACCUAUCUUCUUUUGUACAUCAUUAAUUCGAAUUCAAUUUCACUUUGAAAUUCUGCAUUCGGUGCCAAUUGUGUUCCGUUUGUGUAAUGUUGUGUGGAAACGAGGAGAUAAUUAGGAACUGAGAGUGGAUUCAAAAUGAUAGAAAAAGCGCUUUUGGAAUAUACAAAAAGCCAUACACACACAAUUGAUUAAGAUAGCUACCAAUUGAUGGAUUCCGAUAUCGCUUUUGUAAAAUUGGGGAAUUUAUUUUAUUUGGUGGAGGGUUUAGGUGAAAGGAAGAGGCAUUUGAAUUAAUUAAUAUUUGUGACAAUUAGUAAACGCCUAAACGGUAUCUUAUUUGUGUGUUCUAAGUGGAUUCUCUCUAUGAAUGCUACCUACAUGAUGAUAUGGAAAGAUAUGUAAAAUAGCUACCUGUGAAUGACACCCUACUGUGUGUCCCUAAGAAGCAGUAACUGUCUUCCCGAGUGAAUAUGAAAUCCUAGACCUAGUUGAUUUCAUAUGCUGCCGCAGCCGCCGUCAUCUAUCCUGGCCAGCAGCAUGGCAGGCCACGAUUGUGGAAGUCCUCCACUGGAAAAUUUAAGUACUUGUUACCUGUCAAAGCAGAGAACACCUCAGCUGGAAGCCCCUGUUUCAGAUUGUGGAGUGUGUUCCAGGAGAUGGGUUUUCUCUUUGAAAGAUUUUUCCAAUUGCAUGGAUAAGGUUCUGGUUGUUUCAUACAAUAUACUUGGUGUUGAAAAUGCAUCAAACCAUCCAGAUCUGUAUUCUAACAUUCCACAUAGUUUCUUGGAGUGGGACAGGCGGAAAAGGCUCAUACUUGAAGAGAUUAAUAACUAUAAUGCCAGCAUACUGUGCUUCCAGGAGGUUGAUCAUUUUAAUGAUCUGGAUGAUCUUUUCCAGAACAGUGGCUUUAAAGGUGUUUACAAGGCUCGCACAGGAGAAGCACAAGAUGGAUGUGCUGUAUUUUGGAAAGACAAGUUAUUCAAACUUUUGCAUCAAGAAGAUAUAGAGUUUCAAAGAUUUGGUAUGCGUAACAAUGUUGCUCAGCUUUGUGUUUUUGAGGCAAACCAUGAUAAGAAAGAAUCUGAUGCAUGUAACCUAACAACAAUGACACCAUCCACCGGAAAAAGAAGAUUUGUAGUAGGAAAUAUACACGUGUUGUUCAACCCAAAUCGUGGUGACAUCAAACUGGGCCAGGUCAGACUUUUACUUGAUAAAGCUUACAAGUUGUCACAAGAAUGGGGCAACAUUCCUGUUAUUAUUGCUGGGGAUUUAAAUAGUGUUCCACAGAGUGCCAUAUAUAAAUUUCUUUCUUCAUCAAAGUUAGACAUCCAAUUACAUGAUCGCAGAAAUAUGUCAGGACAGCUUGAAAUCCAGACUAACAGAGUCUUCAGAUCACAGAUUGGUGAUGACGCUAGCAUUUCAAUGUCUGUUUCAAGACAAUUGUACAGAUGGAGUGUGGAAGAACUAAGACUCGCGUCUGGGGCAGAAGGAGUCACUCGUCUUCAGCACCAGCUCAAACUCUGCAGUGCUUAUAGUGGUGUUCCUGGAAACCAUAGAACAAGAGAUGAUAUUGGGGAGCCCUUGGCAACAUCAUACCACUCCAAGUUCAUGGGAACUGUUGAUUAUAUCUGGCAUUCUGAGGAUCUUAUUCCAGUUAGAGUUCUUGAAACCUUGCCCAUUGAUACUCUUAGAAGAUCUAGAGGACUCCCUAGUGAGAAAUGGGGAAGUGACCACCUAGCUGUUGUAUGUGAAUUUGCUUUUGCAAACAAUGCCAAUGUAUCCUGAUGGCCUCAUUAUGCAAUUCCAACGCUGUGCUGAAUGAUCUCAUUCUUAAUUUUGUUUACAAAGAGUAUGUAUGAGGUCUGAGAUUUAAGCUGAUCAACAAAUAUGGAGAUGGAGGUGAGUCAAAACAUUGCCGCUGUUGCAGAUCUCAUUGAAUUUUACCAUUGAUGUCCACUUCUAUCCCUUUCAAGAUUUCUUACUCUGCUGAUUCCUUGUGGUAAAGGAGCAUCAUGAGAUCUAAUGAAUUGCACCUGAUAAACACCUCUUUGCAACAGAUGUGCAAACUCUCCUUUCUAGCUGUGAUGUUGCUUGGAACAUGGAAUUGCUUAAAAAUUUAUCAAGAACUUUCUGCAUAGUGAGCUUGCUAGGUAACCUCUCAUUACGAGGUUCAGAGAGCAAUUGAUGUAUUUCUAAAGUAUUAUGAUAUUCCAAGACAAAUUGGCUGCCAUUUCCACUAAUUUUUUUUUUAUAUAGAGUUCUAUGCAGCACCUUCAAAUAGAAACUCCAAUUCUCCAAAUAUCAUGUGAAAUAUUUAUCAAUUCAUGAGAUAUUGCUUUUUAGGUCUAACACCCCUAAUUACACAUUACACUUCGAAGUUUA